UUCACUUUCAGAGAGCUGAAUGUGCUGAAAGAGAAAAAGUACAGCUUGGUGGAACUUGUUCAUCACUUCUUUACUGAAACCAAAGAAGCAGGAAUCUGCAGGUUUGAAGAGUUCCAGGUUGUGUUCAUCUUUGACGGUCUGGAUGAGUGUCGACUUCCCUCUGGACUUCCACAACACUGAGAUCCUGACUGAUGUUACAGAGUCCACCUCAGUGGGUGUGCUGCUGACAAACCUCAUCAGGGGGAAACUGCUUCCCUCUGCUCGCCUCUGGAUAACCACACGACCUGCAGCAGCCAAUCAGAUCCCUCCUGAGUGUGUUGACAUUGUGACAGAGGUCAGAGGGUUCACUGACCCACAGAAGGAGGACUACUUCAGGAAGAGGUUCAGAGAUCAGGAGCAGGCCAGCAGAAUCAUCUCCCACAUCAAGACAUCACGAAGCGUCCACAUUAUGUGCCACAUCCCAGUCUUCUGCUGGAUCACUGCUACAGUUCUGGAGGAUGUGUUGAAGACCAGAGAGGGAGGAGAGCUGCCCAAGACCCUGACUGAGAUGUUCAUCCACUUCUUGGUGGUUCAGUCCAAAGUGAAGACCAUCAAGUAUGAUGGAGGAGCUGAGACAGAUCCACACUGGAAUAAAAACAGCAAGAAGAUGAUUGAGUCUCUGGGAAAACUGGCUUUUGAGCAGCUGCAGAAAGGCAACCUGAUCUUCUAUGAAUCAGACCUGACAGAGUGUGGCAUUGAUAUCAGAGCAGCCUCAGUGUACUCAGGAGUGUUCACACAGAUCUUUAAAGAGGAGAGUGGACUGUACCAGGACAAGGUCUUCUGCUUCGUCCAUCUGAGUGUUCAGGAGUUUCUGGCUGCUCUUCAUGUCCAUCUGACAUUCAUCAACUCUGGAGUCAAUCUGCUGGCAGAUCAACAAACAACAUCCUGGUGGUCUAAAUUAAUUAACGACAAAGGGAAUCUAAAAUAUCUCCACCAGAGUGCUGUGGACAAGGCCUUAGAGAGUCAACAAGGACACCUGGACUUGUUUCUACGCUUCCUGCUGGGUCUUUCACUGCUGACCAAUCAGAAUCUCCUACGAGGUCUGCUGACACACACAGGAAGUAGCUCACAGACCAAUCAGGAAACAGUCCAGUACAUCAAGAAGAAGAUCAGUGAGAAUCUCUCUGCAGAGACAAGCAUCAAUCUGUUCCACUGUCUGAAUGAACUGAAUGAUCGUUCUCUAGUGGAUCAGAUCCAACAGUCCCUGAGUUCAGGACGUCUCUCCACAGAUAAACUGUCUCCUGCUCAGUGGUCAGCUCUGGUCUUCAUCUUACUGUCAUCAGAAAAAGAUCUGGAAGUGUUUGACCUGAAGAAAUACUCUGCUUCAGAGGAGGCUCUUCUGAGGCUGCUGCCAGUGGUCAAAGCCUCCAACAAAGCUCUACUGAGUCGCUGUAACCUCUCAGAGAGAAGCUGUGAAGCUCUGUCCUCAGUUCUCAGCUCCCAGUCCUCUAGUCUGAGAGAGCUGGACCUGAGUAACAACAACCUGCAGGAUUCAGGACUGAAGCUGCUUUCUGUUGGACUGAAGAGUCCACACUGUAAACUGGAAACUCUCAGGCUGUCAGGCUGUCUGAUCACAGAGGAAGGUUGUGCUUCUCUGGUCUCAGUUCUCAGCUCCCAGUCCUCUAGUCUGAGAGAGCUGGACCUGAGUAUGAACGACCUGCAGGAUUCAGGACUGAAGCUGCUUUCUGUUGGACUGAAGAGUCCACACUGUAAACUGGAAACUCUCAGGCUGUCACACUGUCUGAUCACAGAGGAAGGUUGUGCUUCUCUGGUCUCAGCUCUGAGCUCCAACCCCUCCCAUCUUAGAGAGCUGGACCUGAGCUACAAUCAUCCAGGAGACUCAGCAAUAAAGCUGUCUGCUGCACUGGAGGAUCCACACUGGAGACUGGACACUCUCAGGGUGGAGCCUGCUGGAGUCCGAUGGUUGAGACCAGGUCUGAGGAAGUAUUCCUGUGAACUCACAGUCGACACAAACACAGUGAACAGAAAGAUCAAACUGUCUGACAACAACAGGAAGAUGAUUAAUGUGGAGGAGGAUCAGUCAUAUCCUGAUCAUCCAGACAGAUUUUACUAUCCUCAGCUGCUGUGUAGAAAUGGUCUGACUGGUCGCUGUUACUGGGAGGUCGAGUGGAGAGGAGGAGUUUAUAUAUCAGUGAGUUACAGAGGAAUCAGCAGGAGAGGAAACAGUAGAGACUGUUUGUUUGGAUGGAAUGAUCAGUCCUGGAGUCUGGAGUGCUCUGAUGGUCGUUACUCUGUCUGUCACAAUAAGAGAAGAACACCCAUCUCCAUCUCCUCCUCCUCCUCCUCCUCCUCCUCCUCCUCCUCCUCCUCCUCCUCUUCCUCUUCCUCCUCCGGUAGAGUAGCAGUGUAUGUGGACUGUCCUGCUGGCACUCUGUCCUUCUACACAGUCUCCUCUGACACACUGAUCCACCUCCACACCUUCAACACCACAUUCACUGAACCUCUUUAUCCUGGGUUCGGGUUCUGGUUCAGGUCUGGUUCCUCAGUGUCUCUGUGUCCUCUGUAGGAGGGAGAGAGAAACUUUCUCACUGCUGACCAGAUAGUUCAGUCUGUACAGGAUCACACACAGCUGAUGUUAGUUAGUACCAACCUGAUGUGUUUACUGUAAUAGAGGAGGAAGAGGAGGCUGAAGGAAGAGAAGAGCAAAGGAUGCUGGGAUGAAGGGAUCAUGUGUGAGGGUAAUGUGCAGCCUGCAGACGUAGAGAUGAAAGAAAUGAUAGAAAGAAUUGAUCUUCUUCUAUAACUCUGAGAAAAAUGAACAUUUUUAGGAUCAAAUGUGGCUGCUUGUUUUUCAAAUCUUCUUCUUUUUGAAAGCACAGUUAGAGGGAAAGUGUUUUUAUGACUCAAAUAUUAAAGUGUGAACAAAUAUUCAACUUUGAGUCUAAAACUGAACUUUGUUGCCUUAAAACUUUUGUUUCUGUGAAGAAAAAAUGCUAACGUUAGCUUGUCAGCAGCUGCAGGUAUUUGCCCUCGCUCCCCGACUAACGUUACUAACGUUACCGACCCGCCGCUACCAAACAAAGACACAUACUCUCCACUAGAGCCGCUGACUGCUCGCUCAACGUCCCAAACAGAGAAGAUCACAACAAUAGCAUGUCUUCAUAAACCAGCCUUGUUCGUCUUCAUACAAUAUGUUGGGAAGUUGCAGUAAAUAUCAAUACAAUAUGUUCUAUAUCCCUUUGUGUUGUGUCUCUCCUUCGUCUGUUAAGAUAACUGAACAUGUUGUGAGUCUCGAGGCAAUGUCAGCCUUUAUAUCUCAUUUGUAAAUGCUUAAUAAGCCAUAGAUAGUGCUCACUUUAGUUCAGCUUGUGCAAAAUACUUAAUGAAGGAGUAGUAAGUGCUUUGUAACUGUGAAUUCCUGCAUUAAUCACUGUUUAUAGGCCAUCAUUAGAAAAUGAAUUUGUUGUGAGUUUUAUAGAACAUCUGCUAACACAGUCACUAAUCAUUAAUACAUGUCUGAAUAGUGGAUGUGCAAGUGCAUGCAGAAAUGUACAGUACAAUGGAGAGUAAAACAUUUAUAACUGUGAUUAUAAACCACAUAGUAAUGACUAUUUACAGCAGAAUCAUGCUUUAUAAAUGAUGGAUUCAGUAUUUACUAAUCCAUAACUAAUGUGCUUAUCAAUGAUGAAUAAAACAUGUAUAACUGUGUUUAUAAACUACA